UAUCUUUAUAAUUAUAUAUUUUAUUUAAUAAGAUUUGCUAUAAGCUUUUAACAAUAGAUUUAUAUAACUCAACAAUCACUUCUUAGAGCAUCUCUGGAGCUGCUUGUAUAAGUUAGACAAAAUUAUAUAUUUGAUAUUAGACUCUCUAUGACAAUCCUACAAAACAUUCUACUUAUAUCUUCUGGUAUUACUUUUGAGGGGCUUUUUUUAUUUUGGUUAAAUCUUACGUAAUAUUCAAUAAAAUAAUAGGCCUAUGAUAGUUUUUUUCAUGUAUAGAUUCAUGGAUAGAUCAAUCGAUGUUGAGAUGUUAAUAAAAUAUUAGACGAUGAGACAAUUACGCUACUGUAAAUUUCUUACGACAGAUCUAUCUAACACUUGGUUUUUUGGUUUGUUAUUUAAUGUUAAUAGAACAAUCCCUUUUAAAAAGCAGAACUUUUUAAGAUAUUCUUCCUUUUUGUUUCCCUUGUCAAAUAUUUCUUUAUCGCAUAUAAAACGAACACUGCAAAUAAAAAAGUUUACUGUAAAGGACGGCUACACUUGCCUUGUAACAACCUGUCUUAGUUGUAAAAAUAAUAGAAAAACUGAUGGUAAUAUCUUCAUCAACAAAGUAACAGGCUACUUUUUCUGCAGUGAAUGCAAUGCUAGUGGAUCAUGGGAUUCUCUAGAAAAGGCACUAAAGAAAGAUGCUGAUUCAUUGCCAAAAGAUAAACCAAUGAUCGCUCCCUCUCGAUGGACAACAAUAUGUGAAAAAUCUGAGGACUUGAAGUUACUCUCACAUAUUGAUUUAGAGGAAAUUGUACAAAAGUUUCAGCUUAAGGAUGUUUCUCAUGAACAUCUUCUGGCGUUGGAUCCACUUGUGAAUGAAAGCAGAUCUCACAUGUACAUUCCGUUGAAGAAUUGUGGACACAUUGUAGGUGUGAAGGAGCUGACACAAGAUGGGUACGAGACUACAAUUCCCAACAUUGAGUGUAAAGGCCUUUUGAUCGUGGAAGGCCAGAGAAACUCGCAGAAGAAAGAAGCCAUCUUGGUACAUAGUGUGAAAGACAUGCUAGCUCUCACUGGUUGCAAGAUUAAGUCUGAUAUUAUUUGUCUUCCUCAUGGAAUAACAAGUCUACCUCAAGAAAUUCUACCAGUAUUAGAGAAGUAUAAUAAAAUUAUUCUCUGGUUUGACAAUGAAGAGGGCCAUUGGGAAUCAGCAAAGCAAUUUUCGAAAAAGCUGAACGAAGAAAGGUGUUAUUUUGUCAGACCUUCCGAGGACCAGCCGGCUCCGCACAAGGCGCAUCAGCUGGGCCGUAGUCUGAGGGAGAUCGUACAGCGAGCCACGCCGAUAUCUCACCAGUCAAUCACACACUUUGCCCACCUCAGAGAGGACGUUUUGGCUCACUUGCAGAACAUAGAAAAAGCUGCUGGGGUGAAGUGGGUUCGAUUCCCCGCUUUGAACAAUAUCCUGAAAGGACAUCGAAGAGGGGAGAUGACUAUUCUAACAGGACCUUCGGGCGCAGGAAAGACAACGUUUAUGAGUGAAUAUUCUCUUGAUUUGGCUAUGCAAGGGGUGACCACGCUGUGGGGAAGUUUUGAGAUAAGGAACGAACGUCUCGCAAGAACAAUGCUUCAACAGAUGUGCCAAUUCCCGCUUCACUUACAUCUGGACAGGUUCAAUCACUGGGCAGACCUGUUCCAGCAGUUGCCUAUCUACUUUAUGACCUUCUACGGCCAGCAACCUCUUAAAGUUGUCAUGGAGGCAGUUGAGCAUGCAGCUUACGUACAUGAUAUUGCGCAUGUGAUCAUAGACAACGUGCAGUUCAUGAUGGGACUUUCCGAUGGGGACAACAGCCUAGAUAGGUUCUACAGACAAGACUCGAUAAUCGCUGCAUUUAGAAACUUCGCCUCAACAGCCAAUUGUCAUGUUACUUUAGUCAUACACCCACGCAAGGAGAGAGACGCAGACAUGUUGAAUAUGAAUUCUGUGUUCGGUGGAGUGAAAGCCACCCAAGAGGCUGACAAUGUUCUCAUAAUACAGCAGAAGACGCUUCAGAACUUGAAAUUGAAAAAGUUUUUACAGAUUGCCAAAAACCGAUAUUGCGGGGAUCUUGGGGUGAUGCCAUUAGAUUUUGAUAAGGACAGUCUCAGUUUUUCUGUGAAAAAAGGACAAAAGAAAGAAACCAGCGACAACAAUGAUGACAGAUGAUUGUCAUCUAUUUGAAAUGUGAAACUAUGGCCAAGUGUUUAAACCAAAAAGUGAGUCUUUACUAACUUGUAAGUAUUGUAAAGUGUUGGUACCUAAAUUAUAUUUUCUGUAAACUAC